UGCUCCAGUGACGCCGUGUGGCUGCAUCAGCGCGUGGUUGCAACGCGACAGCUCGCGCGGAGACGUGUUUCUCUUCUUCUUCUUCUUCCUCCUCCACCUCCUCCUCCUCCUCCUCCUCCUCUGCUGCUGUUAUUAUCACACUGGUUCCACAAUGGAGACCAAACCGGUCAUCACCUGCCUUAAAACCCUCCUCAUCGUCUACUCCUUCGUCUUCUGGAUAACAGGAGCCAUCCUGUUGGCCGUGGGAGUAUGGGGGAAGUUGAUGCUUGGCCCGUACAUCUCCCUGAUAGCCGACAACUCCACCAACGCCCCGUAUGUCCUCAUUGGCACCGGCACCGUCAUCAUCGUCUUCGGCCUGUUCGGAUGCUUCGCCACCUGCAGAGGAAGCCCAUGGAUGCUGAAGCUGUACGCCAUGUUUCUGUCGCUCGUCUUCCUCGCCGAGUUGGUGGCCGGGAUCUCUGGAUUUGUGUUUCGCCAUGAGAUAAAGGGAACCUUUCACAGGACGUACAAUGACGCAGUCCUGAACUACAAUGCUGAGGACGAGGCGAGCCGCGCUGUGGACAACUUGCAGCACAAGCUGCGCUGCUGUGGAGUGUAUAACUACACCAGCUGGUUGGCCAGUGUGUAUUAUCCCUCCAACGGUAUUCCUGCCAGCUGCUGCUUUAACUCCUCCGACUGCAACCCAGAAGACCUCCGCAACGCAACCAUAGCCCCGAACAAGGUCUUCAACCAGGGCUGCUAUGAGCUGGUCACUUCAUUCAUGGAAACCAACAUGGCCAUUAUUGCAGGAGUGACGUUUGGGAUCGCCUUCUCACAGCUGAUUGGCAUGUUGCUGGCCUGCUGUCUGUCCAGGAUCAUCACAGCCAAUCAGUAUGAGAUGGUCUAGCUGACAUGACGUGGCAGGGAGAUGAAGAGAAGAAGCAACAACGACGCUCGACACACGACAAGAGUAAAUUCCCCGAAACACUCUCACACGUCUGAAUUGGAAUUUACGUCCCUCCGUCUCUCUGCCUGUGAUCUUAAUGUAAUAUCUUUAUGUAUCUUAUUGUAAAGCACCAUUCCUUGACUCACUGCUGUUGCAUCAACGCUUUCUGCAUCACACACCGCUCUGCUGCUUGAUGUUUAUAGUUGCUCAUUAGCACAUAUCUUAGAUCGGCACGGCCCACAUCGAGCAGGUAGACCAGACCUGUCUCGAGGUCGACGGCGGUGUUGGUCUCAGAAACAUGACCGGGUGCUACUUGGCUCUUCAGUUGGACGCAGCAUGCUCGACCGAUCGCCACCAGAAGACCGCCACACAUCUUUGUACAGAAUGACAUGACUAAAGCUUGAAGUAAUACUUUAAUAGAUUGGUUUAGUUUUGCAUUUGCCUUUGCUAUCGCUCACCAUUGUAUAUUCCUGCGGUUGUGACAUUUUGUGAACCAAUUAUGUGUACUGAGGAUGAUAUUUUAAUAAGAAAAUUGACAACUGAAAGAAGAGGGGGAGCUUUUAGAGAGUAUUUUUUAUCUGUAGAUAUGUUUUUGACCCGAGUAUUUAAUUUAACUUAAAGGCGCAGUAGGAGAUAAGUUACAAUUGUAAUUCAGUAUUUUUAGUUAAAUCUUAAGAACAAGAAAUGUGAAUAUUUGCUGUUAAACGCCCACAUUAACUUAAAAUAACAAUAAAUAUUACUUGAUUUUGCAGCUUUUUAACACACUUUUAAUUAUGUUUAAUAUCAAUUAAUUAGUUUUAAUAGGAAGAGAAAUAUAUUCAUAUAUAGGAAAUGUGAAGGCCCCGUCACACCAGACACUGACAACCUCACAGGAACACGACUUCACACAGUGACAGUUUAUGCAUAAGCAUGGGAUUUGUACCAUCAACCCUUGUCUUAUAAGUGACAAACUAACUAAAAGUGGACUGAGAAAUUCAGCUACAACAGACAUGUUUGACUUGUCGGUGUUGGAACGUUUACAGGUGUAAACUAGAAGAGCUCAGGGCCCAACAGCCCCUUUAAUUCAAUCAAGCUGCACCAAAAUUCACACACUCAAAGAUAUCAGUUCCCCGAAUGUGCCUGUUUCCCUCAAAAUUCAUGAAUUAUUCCCUGGGGAAAUUGAAAGUGAAAGUGAAAAUAAUCAAUCCUGGAUUCAUCCUCUGAUCCAGAUCAGCACCAAAAUGGAAUGGGUUCUUUCCUGACCCCCAACCACAUCGUUCCACCACGUUUAGAGGAAAUCUGUUCAGUUGUUUUUUGGUGUUAUCUUGCAUACAACCCAAUAAACGGACAGGGGUGAAAACAUAACCUCAUUAGCAGAGGUAAUGCAAUUUAUCAUGGCGCCAUUAACCAAGGCGCUAUUACUAUUAAGUGUCCCAAUAAUGAGUGGGCAUGGACGGUACGAGGACCAUGAAACUGCCUCACCUAAAUCAAACGCUGCCGUUAUUUAUGUCAUUAAGUUCAUCUGCUUUGACAAGUCAAAAUAUCUGCCAUUAAAAUGAACUACAGCUCUUUAUACUCUUAACUCCCUAAAAGACCAGUUAUCAGCUGUCAGACGACUUUCCAUUGGUCAAGGACAAAAAUGUACGUGUCAAGGCUAAACAAAGUGGAAUUUGACGUGAAGUAUUUGCACGGAUUUGACAUUAAGUAGUUUCAAAUGCUGGUGUGACAGGGCUCUGAAUAAUGCCUCUAACACCCAAUUACCUUUAAAGCGUCAGUGAGCAUCAAACAGCAUCAUUUGGAUGAGGCCUGAACGCGUCUCAAGCUUAAAAAACAGCAGAACACGCGAAGGUGGAUCGAAAAGCAUCAAGGAGGCGACGUCCAAGAUUCGCAGGAUUUCAACAGUGUUCAUCCAGUAUUUACAGUAUUCUAUGUAGUGCAUCAACAUGCCUCCAUCACCACCACCAUCUGUAGAUAUGUAUUGGAAAUGUACUUUGUAUAAUGAAAUGUUUCUCAUUCUGAUAUGCUAAUUAUGUAAAUGUCGUGUCAAGAGUUUUGAUUCCACACAGUUUGUGAUGUUAAUCUGUAUUUGUUUGAUAGUUUAUAGGAAACUUGCACCUAAAAAUACAACAACUUGUGGCCAAUGUUUUGACAGUAACAUGUAAUCGUUUGAAUUCAGCUGUAUAUUUAUUCUGAUUUGAUUGGCAUUAAGUUUACAGGAUCACCGAGAGAUUUUUUAUCGCUCUUUCAAUAUGUGUGUGUGUGUGUGUGUGUCUGUGUGAGGAUGACCCUUCUGACCUGGUGUUGGCGUGCGUCUCGGGUGAUCUGAUCACAAGUGCACGAGUCUAAUUUAAGCAUUUGAGAUCAGAUCGCUCAGAGCACACUCGGAGGUGGUGUGGGAUGCACGUGGCUACAGUGUUUUUGCCUGCGUGAAUGCAAAUGCAUCCUGGAACACACUGAAAGGAUCAUCGAGUCAGCUGACGUCCUCUGGCUCUUCCUCUCCUCGUCUGAAACACACUGACGAUGGAGCAAAUUGUAUAGUCGGCUAAAAAAAACUACAUUAUUUGAUCUUUGCAAACAGAAAUUAUAGAAGCUACAUGUUUAUUAGGUCCGAUCAGUAAGUCCAGACACCUCCUGAUGCCAGGUGUGAAACGACGUGGAUCAGAUGACCUGAGACAGAUGUUAAAAUCCAGUUUGUGUGUUUGUGUGAGAGAGCGUCUUGAUUUUGUGGAUCCUGCCGUGUUCAGUUUUGGUCAGUAUUUGGUUGUGGCUUCUAAACAAAACAAAAACCUUGUUGCUUUUAAAGCUGUAAAUUUAUUUAGUGAAUGUAUGUUUUCCUGACUCCACUCUGAAACUUAUUUUUCCUUCCUCGAGCUGAUAUUGUCCUGUAAAUACUAAAUUGUAAUACCAUCUAGCGUACACACGGGGUCAUUAGACACUCAAAAAGAAAUUGCACCAUCUACUAUUGACUAAGUCACCAUCAGUGGUCUUAUUAUCAUUAAAUAUACAGAAAACA